GCCAUCCAUCCCCUCUCCUCCUGUACCAUAACAGAUGGUGGGAACAACAUUGCAUCCGCCGGGUACCACAACAAUAGACCGCAGCAUCCAGUCCGGACAACGCUGGCCUUGCACCAUCAUGCUCCUAGUGCAGGACUGCGUGAGGCUGUGAGUGCCGUCGUGAUUCAUUUCACGCGGUACCACCACCACCACGGCCACGGAGGAACCUUCUUGCGACUGUUUGGGCUCUCCAUCGAGCGGGGAAGAUGGCCGCUAUGAAAAUAUUAACAGGCACAGGGCUCUUCUUGGCUUUCUGUGCGCUCGGGCUGCUCGCCAUGGCCAUUUGCACCGAUAACUGGUACGAAACUGACGCGCGGAGACAUCGAGAGAGGUGUAAAAACUAUGCCAACAAGCGAAACGACCCGGGGUACAUCUACAUUUCCAACCACAACCUCCCCCUCCAGAUGCCUCCUAAGAGCCUGGAGAGGAAAGGUAACGGCCCAGAUGCUGGAGCUCUCAUCCGGGGGAAGCGCCACUUUCUGGCCGCAGCGUCUGCCAUGGAGUCUCACUGCAGUCGGCAGUUUAACUCCACCAUCUCCGGGCUUUGGAGGAAGUGUCACCGGGAGGGAUUCGACCUGGAGACCGAGGACCUUAUUCACAAAGGAAUAAUUCAAAGAUGUACCGCAGUCAAGUAUCACUACUCUUCGUCCAUCCUACCACGAAAUGUACCCAUCAACAUCACAAAGACCAUACGACAGGAUGAGUGGCAUGCACUCCAUCUAAGAAGAAUGACGGCGGGCUUUGUGGGAAUGGCCGUGUCCAUCAUUCUCUUUGGCUGGAUCAUCGGAGUGCUGGGAUGCUGCCAGCAGCAUGACCUCAUGCAAUAUGUAGCUGGGCUACUCUUUCUCAUGGGAGGAACAUGCUGCAUCAUCUCCUUAUGCACAUGUGUGGCAGGAAUCAACUUUGAGUUAUCCCGCUACCCCCGCUACAUGUACGGCCUGCCUGAGGACAUUAGCCAUGGCUAUGGCUGGUCCAUGUUUUGUGCCUGGGGGGGUCUGGGCCUCACAUUGCUGGCUGGCUUCCUCUGCACCUUGGCCCCUUCCCUGAGCACGCCCACUCGCACAACACCCCACAAGCCGAGGCAGGAGAAUGGAACCGUGUGACAGAGGCGUCGUGCAGCGUCUGACCCACCGAACGCACAAAACCACACCCUUCCAACCUUGAUGUUAACUCUGAGACCCUUUUUGUCUGAUCACCAUCUCACACCACCCUCGACAUUGCCAUCUCCUUUCAGUGUUCAGUGUGCCUGAGUUAUGACCGAAGGAGCAAACGAACAACAAACUUCACACACCUAAUCUUAAAAAUCCCAGAGGGACCUCCAGGAACACCAAGACUAACACCCACAGUAACGUAAGACUGGAGCAACGCUCUCUUAGCACAAAUAAGACUUUUUUUUGGUUCAGAUGAUUGACUUGCUGACUUCAUGGCAAUCUAAAGGUGACUGUUUUCCCUGAAGAAUAUUUGUCUUAAAAUGGUGCUCUCUUUAAACAUAAAGCCACAAACACUCCCAUGCAACACACACACA